AUGGAACCUGAAAAUAAAAUAAUUCUAACAUUACUGAAUGGAACUGGUUAUGUUUUCGAAGUGGAGGAUUACAUGAAAUUGCGCAGAGAUCACCACAUUGUGGGCUCGCUGGUGGGGACAUGUACAACACGAGGAUGGUCAGCCAAUGAUUGUGCAAUGCCCGUGGAAUUAACCCCAUGGGAGACACGUUUAUUAGUGGAGGAGAAUUUGGCAAUAUUGGUUUCCAAAAAGGCUUCCCUGUUGAAAGAAGAAACUGAGGAAGAACGUAAACAAUAUCAAGAGGAGUUGGAACAACGUCUGUCACAACAAGAGGAAGCUUUGAAAGAUGAAAAGCUGAAACAAUCGCAGGGAAAUAUUGAUAAAAUAAUGGCAGGAAAGAGGAAGAAACUGUUGAAGCAGGGUGUGCCAGAAAAAGAUAUCAAUUUGGAUCCCCAGGAAAUACUCAAAGAAAUCCGCCAGGGUCUUAAAUUUGAAAGGAAAAAUGCAUUACUGGAUAUACCCUGCGCCCACCCGGAAACACAUGAUGCCAACAUUGCAACAUUCUGCGACUCCGAUACCUCAUUAAAAUACCAAGUAUUUCGUGAUUUAUGGUCACGAGGGAAAUUUGUCACUUGUGGUGAUGCUUUUGGUGCUGAUUUCCUUAUCUAUCCUGGGGAUCCCCUGCAAUAUCAUGCUUCCCAUGUUGUAAUCCUGCUAGAAAAUGGUACUAUGAAGGCCUUGGAAUUGGUAGCAAAUGUCCGACUAUCUGUGAUGGUUAAUAAAUUGUGUAUGGUGGCAUAUUUUGAUGAAGAUGGCAAUGAUGAUGAUGAGGAGGGUAGUGAGAGAGUAGCAGGACAACGUAAAAUAAUAUAUCAAACUAUAACCUGGAUGGGUGAUAAGGACAAGGAACGAAGGCUACACGGAAGUAUGAAUACACACGAAUCCGAAUCCGAGUCAGCAACAAGAAUGUUCAGUGAAAAAUCCGCAUUUAAAGGUAAAAGUUCACAUUGCAUGGCUGGUUCGCAAGUUGUGUUUGCCUCAUCCGAUGUUUCCGCAAGUCGUAAGGGCAUUGCAACAAAUGAAUGA